AUGGAGGGGCAGAGCCGCGCCGAAGCGGAGGGGCGGAAGGAGCGCGAGGAGGGGCUGGGGCUGCGUCUUGGUCUCGCCAGCGCCGGCGCUCCGGUGGUGGCCGGGGAGCCGCCGUCGGUGGGGAUGGAGUUCCCGACGUCGGAGGCGGCCAGGGAGUUCUACUGCGCCUACGCGGACCGCGCGGGGUUCGCCGUGCGCACCGACAAGUCCCGCCGCUCCCGCCGCGACGACUCCGUCAUCAUGCGCCGCUUCGUCUGCACCCGCGAGGGCUUCCACCCAACCAGGCAGCACGACGACCUCACGGACGCGGAGGCCGCCGCCGCCGGGAAGAGGAGGCGCAAGCGCCUCGUCAUCCGGGAGGGGUGCAUGGCCAUGUGCGAGGUCACCAAGAAGGAGCCGCCCUUGCGCUGGGCCGUCACCAAGUUCGUCGCGCACCACGUCCAUCCCGUCUCGCUCCAGGUCUCUUCCCGCCGCCCGCCCACCGGACCAUCCGAUGCUCUCGCCGGAGCACUGGGUGAAUCUACCCGAGCCGCCGCCGAACCUUCGGACGAACCUACCGGAGCUCCCGCCGCAGUCGGCAAUGGAGCGGCACUCUUCUGCAAUAGGCUCGUCAGAGCGAAUCCGGCCGGGGUGCGUGCCGAGGUGCAAGAUGUGCUCGAUUACCUCAGGAAGAUGCAGGCCGAGAGCACCGGAUUCUUCUACGCGAUGCAGGUCGAUAGCGGCAACUGCGUAACCAAUGUGUUCUGGGCUGAUGCAAAGGCAAGGAUGGCAUACAAGAGCUUUGGGGAUGCAGUGACAUUUGAUACCACCUACAGGAAGACCAAGUACAUGAUGCCAUUCGCGGUGUUCCGCGGCAUCAACCAUCACCUGCAGGGGAUCACAUUUGGGUGCUGUCUGUUGAUGGAUGAGACCAAAGGUUCAUAUGCUUGGUUGUUUGAUACAUGGCUUGCUGCGAUGGGUGGCCGCCAACCUGAUCUGCUAGUGACAGACCAGGGUAAGGCAAUGGAAGCAGGAAUUGCAAGGGUUUUGCCCAACACCCGGCAUUGUUUCUGCCAGCGGAACAUUUUGAGCCUAUGUAAGCAGAAGUUGUCUGUUCUGUAUACACAGCACAUCAACCUGAAAGCUGAUCUGAAAGAAUGUGUCUUUGGGGCUGAGACAACUGAGGAGUUUCAGGCUCGGUGGGACUAUGUCAUCGACAAGUAUAGUCUCCAGGAGAACGUUUGGCUUCAGUCAUUAUAUGACUCUCGGCAGCAAUGGGCUUGGGUGUAUCAGAAGGGAUCCUUCUUUCCUGAGUUACUCAAGUCGCAAAGAUCUGAUAGGUUGAACAAGUUUUUUAAGACGAAUUUCAACAUGAAGACUCCACUGCUUGUUCUUAUCUCUAGGUUUGAUCAAGUGAUGUCACUGAGCUUUGAGAAGGAAGCUCAGGCCAACUCUGUGACAGCGUAUUCAAAGCCUACCCUGAAAACCCCUUCUGUGAUUGAAAGGCAGGCUGCAAAUACUUAUACAAGAGCAGUAUUCGACUUAUUUCAGGAGGAAUUUAUCGAAUCACUGGGCUAUCAUGCUGAUAAAAUUGAGGAUGGAGUUAUCCUCAAGCAUGUGCUAAGAAUCUUCUUCAUGGUAGGGGUUCGGACUCUACCGGAGGGAUACAUUCUGAAGAGGUGGACAAUGGAUGCUGUGACUAGUGUUGUACCAGAUGAGCGAUCAUUGGAGCCUGCAGGUAGCUUUCCUGAGCGCCUAGUUGCUUGGCACAAUGAUCUUUCUCUUGACGCAAAUGAGUGA